UUCAACCUUUCUUCACAAAACAAAAGAGAUACAAUACGGUUUUGGUUUUAGCUGCAUUCAAGGAAGAUGUCUACUCCACUUUCCUUUCCUAUAUAUGAACCCACUCUCUUACAAAUCAAUCAAUCUCUUUCCCUGUCUGGUUUUUGUUCCCUUUCCUCUCCUUCUCUAUGAGAAAAUGGCAAAAGGAAUGUCCUUACCCAUAAUAAUAAUAAUAUUAACAACAAUAACUUUGUGUAACUUUCAAGUUAAGGGAAGGUUUGAACAUGAUCACCAAACAAAAGAAUUGCAAAAUCUACGGGCGUCUCUCAUCAAAUCGUCAGCCCAUUCGGUUUCAUCGUCUUCGCCACACCCGCAAGAUCAUCCUACAUUACUCGAAAGGUGGCUUUCUUCUCCAUCGACGGCCACGAUUUUCCCACCACGGGUGUACCGAGUGACAUCGUACGGCGCCGAUCCAACCGGAGAAGAAGACAGUACGGAAGCAAUUAUGGCUGCGAUUACAGAUGCUCUGAAUGGUCCGAGCGGGGAAGAGAAGGAGGGGUUCUUGUUCGCCGGGAUUCGGAAUCUCGGCGGUGCCCGGAUUGAUCUCCAGGGUGGGACCUACGUCGUUUCCCGGUCUUUGAAGUUUCCGGUCACCGGCCGAGGGAAUCUCAUUAUACACGGUGGUACAUUAAGGUCAUCAGAAGUAUUCCCGGGGGACGGAUAUCUCAUAGAUUUAUCGGCCACCACCGUCGAUGGCCCGGGGUACAAUUUUGAGUUCAUAACCUUCAAAGACCUAUUGCUGGACUCUAACUUCAGGGGAGGAGGCAUUCAAGUGGUCAAUUCUCUAAGAAUCAACGUUGACAAUUGUUACAUUACCCAUUUCACAACCAAUGGCAUUUUGGUCAAAAGUGGUCACGAGACCUACAUCAGAAAUUCCUUCCUCGGCCAGCACAUAACCGCCGGCGGUGAUCCCGGCGAGCGGAAUUUCUCCGGCACGGCGAUUAACUUAAUGGGGAACGACAAUGCCGUCACGGACGUCGUCAUUUUCUCCGCCCUCAUCGGGGUCAUGAUCUCCGGCCAAGCAAACCUUCUCUCCGGCGUCCAUUGUUACAACAAGGCGACGGGGUUUGGCGGCACCGGAAUUUACAUAAAACUCCCCGGAAAGACUCAGACGAGAAUCGUGAACUGUUACAUGGAUUACACCGGAAUCGUCGCCGAGGAUCCCGUCCAGCUCCACAUCUCCAACUCGUUCUUCCUCGGCGACGCCUUCGUUUCUUUGAAGUCCGUCGCCGGUACGGUCAUCGGAGUCAACAUCGUCGACAACAUGUUCUCCGGUUCCGGGAAGGGCGUCAGCAUUGUCCAGCUGGACGACACGACACCGUUUAAGACCAUCGAACAAGUCGUGGUGGACAGAAACAACGUGCGAGGGAUGACUCUGAAGUCCACCGUCGCAAGGGGUAGUGCGGAAGGAAACGGAACAAUAUGGACCGUUGAUCUAAACCCGAUUCUUCUCUUCCCUGAUCUGGCGAAGUUCGUGCAGUACACGUUUAGUUCGAGCGAGUCAUUUCCAAAACAUGUGUUGAGAAACACGUCGGAUAAUCGAGUGGUUAUUGAGUCUGACAUACAAGUCGCGGCCAAAGUCUUUGUCACCGUUGACCAGAGCAUACCUGAAUAAAUGUUGUAAAUUUUAAUGUAGCCUAUAUAUAUUUAUAAGUUGGGUGGGUGUGGGAUAAUAUCACAAUUUUUAUUUCUUUGCAGAGAUUAAGCAAAAAUUCUUUGCAGUGUUUAUCUCCAAUCAAGGUAAAAUUGUAUACUAGAGCAAAUGGAAGGAUUUUAUUUUUGUAAAUGCAGUUUCUACGGUAUUUUAGAAAUGUAGUAUGGAGUAGCAAUCAGUGUAUUAAAAUUGAAUACUCCGUACGUAGAAGUUUAUAAAUAAAAAAAAUAGACUCAAUUUUUAUUACAUACACCAAUCAUAUAUUACUACAUCCGUUCCCCUUUAAAGUUUCUAUUCGGGAAUUGUUACAAUUUAUUAGAAAAU